GAAUCGAAGAUAAGAUAAGAAUUUCAGACAUCUAUCCAUCAUCUUCUUCCGUUGCAGCUUCGUGGAAUUACUUUCUCUUUCUUCCAAGAUUAAUCAAAAGUGGAAAAACAAAAUCAUGUUGGAGAAAGAGUUUUUCACGGAGUAUGGUGAAGCAAGCCAAUAUCAGAUCCAAGAAGUGGUUGGAAAAGGAAGCUAUGGAGUGGUUGCUUCUGCAGAAUGUCCACACACGGGAGGGAAAGUGGCGAUCAAGAAGAUGACCAAUGUGUUUGAACAUGUCUCAGAUGCGAUUCGGAUCCUCAGAGAGAUCAAGCUUCUCAGGCUUCUUCGGCAUCCGGACAUCGUUGAGAUUAAACAUAUUAUGCUGCCUCCUUGUCGCAAGGAAUUCAAAGAUAUAUAUGUAGUUUUUGAGUUGAUGGAGUCAGAUCUUCACCAUGUCUUAAAGGUAAAUGACGACCUCACUCCUCAGCAUCAUCAAUUCUUCUUGUACCAACUUCUUCGUGGCUUAAAAUUCAUGCACUCAGCACAUGUCUUCCAUAGAGAUCUGAAGCCUAAGAACAUCCUCGCUAAUGCUGAUUGCAAAAUCAAGAUCUGUGAUUUAGGACUUGCUCGUGUGUCCUUCACUGAUGCCCCAUCUGCCGUUUUCUGGACUGACUACGUUGCUACAAGAUGGUACCGUGCUCCUGAGCUCUGUGGUUCCUUCUAUUCCAACUACACGCCGGCGAUUGACAUGUGGAGCGUUGGCUGCAUAUUUGCUGAGAUGCUAACAGGAAAACCUUUGUUUCCUGGCAAAAACGUUGUGCACCAGCUAGAACUGGUCACGGAUCUGCUUGGAACUCCGUCGGCGAUAACUCUAUCCAGGAUUCGGAAUGAGAAGGCUAGAAAGUAUUUGAGUAACAUGAGGCGAAAGGAUCCUGUUCCUUUCACCCAUAAAUUCCCAAAUAUCGAUCCUGUGGCGCUGAAGUUGCUUCAGCGUUUAAUUGCUUUUGAUCCAAAGGACCGUCCCUCUGCAGAAGAGGCAUUGGCUGAUCCGUAUUUUCAAGGAUUGGCAAAUGUGGACUAUGAACCUUCGAGGCAACCUAUCUCGAAGCUCGAGUUUGAGUUUGAAAGGAGGAAACUGACUCGGGAUGAUGUGAGGGAGCUCAUGUACAGAGAGAUUUUAGAGUACCAUCCACAGAUGUUGCAAGAGUAUCUACAAGGAGAAGAGAACAUCAACUCUCAUUUUCUAUACCCGAGUGGAGUUGAACAGUUCAAACAAGAGUUUGCCAGACUCGAAGAACACAACGACGAUGAAGAGGAACAUAACUCGCCACCACACCAGAGAAAGUACACUUCACUCCCAAGAGAACGGGUGUGCUCAUCAGAGGACGAGGGUGCUGAUUCGGUUCACGCAUCGUCUUCGUCUUCAGUGGUGGUUACACCUCCACAUACUCCAAACACAGCGACUGGCUUAUCGUCACAGAAGACAACAACAAAAGUAGAUAAAGCAGCAACUCCGGUGAAACGGUCUGCUUGUCUAGUGAGGAGUGAUAGUAUCUGUGCUUCCAGAUGUGUCGGCGUCUCCUCUGCAGUCUCUUAGUCAAAAUAGAAAAAAAUUGAUUCUCAAGUUGUUUAGCAGCAAACCAUUGAUUGUUCUGCGUAUUGUAUGAUGUCUCUCUGAGUUUCCACUUAACUAUCUUUCUUCAUUGCUCUUGCUCUGUUCAUGUUGUGUCUUGUGUGUAAUGGUUUCUCUUGGAACUUGAAUUCAUAUAUUUUUCUCUUUUAGUACAAUAUUUACAAUCUAUCUAUUCAUCU